UAUAUUUACAUUCCUCAAGACAAUCCUGGAGUUGGAAGUUAUUUACAAGUCAUGGAUCAAUUACAAACGGGUCGGUAAAAACGAGGAUCCGCGUGUUUUUCUGGAUCCUUUAUAAUUGUAUUCGGAUGGCUCUUUAUUAUUGAUCACUAAUUGAGAAACGAAACCCUUUUCCAAAUAAUUAUAAACCUAGAUGUUGUUGCGCGACUCACAAUUCUAUGGAUCAAGCGGGGGAGGCGGCAGUUCUUUAUCGUGUUUUUAUUGGAUUAAGAUCAACUCCAGUGGUAAAACCAAUCGCGACCCUAGAGCUGUUUGAUCCGGUGGCUGGUAGGAUAUUACGGCGUUUGGUAUGGCUUUGCGUUGGCUUGGACAGAAGAAGAACCACGAGACUGCUUUCAUUUCGUAAUUGGAUCUCCCUGGACAAUCCGUUAAUCUCAGAAUUGUGUAUUUCUGCUUAUGUUCUAGGACUUAAAACAGACAGAAUAUUGGUGGUGUCUCAUUUGUACCAUGAUCACAAGACUGCUUAAAAGCAGAGGAUGUGUGGGAGAAGAUAUUGGUGAUGUAUUUUUGUUUUAGCUCGGUUUCUGGACCAUUUUUCUCUAUUGUUAAACCGGCAAACUGUAUAUGAAAGUGAUUUCUUUAGAGACUUGCAAAGCCACAAACUUAGUCUUCAUUGUUGUAUGUUUUGUUUGCUGUAUAGUGUGGUUUAACAAGGAUUAUGAUGAGUAACCAUUGUUUUGUUUC